AUGGCGAAAUAUCGCUCUCUGCGACCAAUGAUUCUCUUGUUCGAAAGGCCCGAUUAUGUCAAGAUCGAUCAAGAUGCCCGCAAAGCUCUCCAGAAUGAUGGGCCGCGGAAGCGGUAUGUGGAGAGUGACAUCGCCCCGGCCAUGCAGCUUGGAGAGACCCUUCAAAAGCAUCGCUUUCGUGACGCAGAACAUGUUUCGCAGCCCCGAACAGACGGCCCGAGGGCUACGUUCGAGAAGGCGCCAGGAAACAAGGCUGUCAAAUACCGUGCCUCAACCGGCUUCCAUGGCACGUGGUGGGCCAGCAUCAGAAACAAUGAUCUGAGCAUAUCAUUCAUGCUACAAGCUAGGGCGAUGGGGAUUUGGAAGCGGCGCAUGAGAGGCGACGAGAUUCGCAUGAUGUUUUGCUCUUCGGUAGCGAACCAGCGCAGGCGCCUCUAG